UGAGUUGAAGAGCAAAAAACAAAGGCUUUGAGUCUGGGGGGGUGGUGGUGGUUUUGUUGUUGAGAGAACCGAGAUAUAGUGUCAAGAAUUGUAAUGGAGGUCAGCAUGAGCUUUUCACAGGACAGUGAUGAUGAAUAUGAGAAAUUCAUCAAAAGAAUGAACCCACCCAGGGUUGUGAUUGAUAAUGAAACCUGCAAGAAUGCAACUGUAAUACAGGUUGAUAGUCAAAACAAACAUGGAAUACUUCUCGAUGUUGUACAAGUCCUUACUGAUCUUAACCUAAUCAUUACUAAAGCAUAUAUAUCUUCUGAUGGAGGCUGGUUUAUGGAUGUUUUUAAUGUUACUGAUCAAAAUGGAAACAAGGUUAAGGAUGAAGUGAUGCUAGAUUAUAUUAAAAAGUGUCUUGGGCCAGAAGGUUGUUAUUCAUCUUCAAUGAGGUCUGUUGGGGUUAAACCAUCGAUGGACCAUACUGCAAUUGAAUUAACAGGAAGUGACAGACCAGGGCUACUUUCAGAAGUGAGUGCCGUUCUCACUCACCUUAAAUGCAAUGUAGUGAAUGCAGAGGUGUGGACACACAACACACGGGCUGCAGCCGUGAUGCAUGUGACAGAUGAGGAAACUGGGGGUCCAAUUACUGACCCAGAUAGACUCUCUGGGAUUAAAGAACUUCUGUGCAAUGUACUUAAAGGUAGCAACAAAUCUGGGGGGGCUAAGACUGCUGUUUCUUAUGAGGUCACCCACACUGAUAGGAGGCUUCACCAGAUGAUGUUUGCUGAUCGGGAUUAUGAACGUACUGAUGACGAUACCUUGGAUGAAAGGUUAAGGCCUAAUGUGAAUGUUGUUAAUUGGUAUGAUAAAGACUACUCAGUGGUUACAAUUAAAAGUAAAGAUAGGCCAAAGCUUCUCUUCGAUACAGUUUGCACUUUGACAGAUAUGCAGUAUGUGGUAUUUCAUGCCAAUAUUGCUGGUGAGGGGCCAGAAGCUUAUCAGGAAUACUACAUCAGGCAUGUGGAUGGAUCACCUGUAAAGUCAGAUGCAGAGAGAGAAAGAGUGAUACAGUGUCUCGAAGCAGCUAUUGAGAGAAGAGUAUCUGAGGGUUUGAAGCUAGAAUUGUGCACUACCGACAGAGUUGGGUUGCUAUCUGCUGUCACUCGCAUCUUCCGGGAGAACAGCCUCUCUGUAACUAGAGCAGAAGUUGCAACUAAAGCUGGCAAAGCUCUCAAUACGUUCUAUGUUCGUGAUGCGUCAGGUUGUCCAGUGGAUGCUAAAGUCAUUGAUUCCAUCCGGCAAUCAAUAGGCCAGACUAUACUUAAAGUGAAAGGCAACACUGAAGACUUAAAACAAACAUCUCAGGAAUCUCCAACUAGAUUCCUCUUUGGUGGCCUCUUCAAGUCUCGAUCUUUUGUUAAUUUUGGCUUGGUUAGAUCCUAUUCUUGAAGGAUGGAAUUUAGCUUGCCUCAUGUACAUUUAAAACCAACCUAGAAUUCUACCAAUAGUCGCUAGUUAUUCAUCUUAAUUAGAAUGGUAACUUAGAUUUAGGAAAAAUAGUCCUUUCUCAAAGAGGUGGUAUAGUAAUAGGGAAGUCGUAGAGAUAUCUUAAGCCUGUAAAUUCCCCUAAUAUACCUCCUUUUAACAUUAUUUCUUUACCAGUGUGGAUCCAAUCUGAUGUUGGAGACACAAAAGCAGUCAGUGUCAUCUUUUGUACAUAAUUUUACUCUUUGCCUUCAAAUUAAAAUCUUGUGCUUGAGUUA